AAAGAUGCAAACGCGUUGCUUGUCAUCAUUUUGUUUACAAAAAUAAAUUUUGUUCAUCAUUAAAUUUUAACUUUGAAUUACAAAAUGUUUACACUUUGGUCACUAUUAGAAGCUACGCUACUUUGUUUAAAUGCUGUCUGUGUUCUACACGAGGAGAGAUUCUUGUCAAAAUUUGGAUGGGGCGUAUCUAAUAUACAACAGCAAGGCUUUGAACCGCCAACAAUGAAAUCUCAAGCACUCAACCUAGUAAGAUCUAUAAGAACAGUUGUCAAAAAUCGCAAUGAACCCGCAAGAUUCUUCGGUGAUGGAGUAAUUUUCAAGGCCAAACUCAUUGGAAUUCUAGAGGUUGGUGAGGCGAGAGGUGAUCGUAUGUGUCAAGAAGCGUUGCAAGAUUUAAAGAUUGCAAUAAGGGCAGCAGGCGAACACAAACAAAGAAUCACAAUUCAUGUUACGAUUGAAGGAUUAAGAUUACGAGAUGAGAAAACAGGCGAAUCACUUUAUCAUCAUCCCGUUCAUAAAAUAUCGUUUAUUGCCCAAGAUAUGACUGAUUCAAGGGCAUUUGGAUACAUUUUUGGAUCACCAGAUUGCGGUCAUCGUUUCUUUGGAAUAAAAACAGACAAGGCAGCUAGUCAGGUAGUGUUAGCGAUGCGUGAUCUCUUCCAAUGUGUUUUUGAACUGAAGAAAAAAGAAAUCGAACUCGCUAAGCAACAUAUUCAGAAUCGCAUCACAGCACAUGAACAUCAGCAAGUAAAAAAUUCAAUUUUGGAUCAUAAAAAGCCAUCCACAAAUUUGUUAAACGAAGCAAAAUCCUCAACUGCGAAAGUAGAAAAAUCACCGGAAGCAACUGCUAAUCUUGUUGAUUUGGAACAAGAGUUAAGUUCAAUUCAACGUGGCAUUACACAAAUGGAACGAAUCACGCCUAAUGAUGAUGCGCCAACCAGAAAUGUUUUAGAUGACGAUCCAUUUGGCGACUCGUUUACAAGUUUCUCAUCGACACCUUUCAACAUUUUACCACCACCAGCAUCAUCAAAGAGAAAUCAACAAGUGAAGCAGAGUAGCGAUGACACAUUAGCCGAAUUAUCUUCAAUUAUGAGUAAGUCCGCAACACCUCCGAUUCCCCCAUUUCCAUCAUCAUCAUCAUCGUCAGUUGUCCAACAGCAAUCGAACAAUGACUCGUGGUUGAACUCAUCCUCAACAGUGUUUGAUGACCAAGAGACGAGUGGAAACUUUAACGAUCAAACAUCUUUCGAUGACAGUAACAAUGCUAAUUUAAGUUCCACUAAAAAAGAAAUAAUUGAUGCAUUUACAGAUUUAGAUCCUCUAGGAACCGGCAAAUCAAAGCCAUACGUUGACAAGAAAUUUUUCUUCCAAGACUUGAAAAAUCCACCAAAGAAAGUCUUACGUGACUUAUCGGAGCCGGAAAGUAUUUUUGAUGCGCAUUUCUCGCCUCAUCGGCGUCCGAAUGCGGCAUUGAGCUUAGACUCAAGUGGGGGAUUCGAGAGGUCGUCAACUUCUGCUGGUGCUGCUGUUGAUCCAUUUGAGGAAGAAGACUUCUCGAAGCUUAACAUUGAACAGUUUGAGACAACAAAAUCGGUUUCACCAAAGUCCAUUAUUUUACCAGACACAAAAAUUUCAUCGUCAUAUGAUGAGAAGACAAAAGUAGGAGGAGGAGGAGGAAGAAGUAGUAGCGGAGGAAACGAAAGAAAGCGAAGUGACGGUUCAUACAGUGCACCGUUACACGUCGAUUUACCACCAGAAUCAUGGACAUCUUCGUCAUAUUCGGAUCCAAAGCGAUAUGAACGUCAAGGAUCUGAUGGAUCGUCAAAAAAUGUUUUCUCAGUCGAUUCCUUCUCAAAGAAACUUCCGAUGCCGAAUCUUUUCGGACAGCGCAAUGUUAAACGUGACUCGAAUGGAAUAAAUAUGCGGAGACUACAGGAAAGUGAUUCAUUGAGUGAGAAUGAACCUGAAUUACCGCCAAGACCUGACACGGGAUCUCAUGAGCCGCCGCCAUUACCGCCAAAGAACCAUCGAGAUUCUUAUGCUGAAAAUCGUUACAAGUCACGAUAUGACUAUUCAAGUCGCUUUAAAACGCAGUCAACAGACUCACCGCCAUUGCCACUUCCGAGUAGGAGAAUUAGUUCCAACUAUUCGUCAACUUCAAGGCCUUUUAAGAAAUCUAAUGAAGAAGAAGAUUAUUUGACGCCCAUGCCUGGAGGUGGUGACAUUCCAACUCUCCUUCCACCACCACAAAAGAAAGAUCAUUCAAAGAGUCGUGGCUCGAGAAAGUCUGAAACUGAUCCAAAGAAUCUUGAUGCGCCGACGCCGCCAUAUUCGACGAAAUCACAUGAAAUGCCAAUCACAACCCCACCUAUUUUGCCUGACAUCACGUUGAGUCAAUUAUUAACGUUAGGAAUCGAUGACCUCGCCCACAAACUAAACGUUCCGACGUCCAAGUUGAGCACAAUGACAAUUGUUGAGCUGACUAAAUAUUUGUCGGAGUUUAUUGAGAAGUCGAAGCAGCAACCAAUUGAAUCUCCAGUCAAUGAUUCGCCAGUGUUUAAAGUCAGUUUUGAUGAUAAUUCUGAUGCGACAUUUGUUGCGAAGUUUGAUGAUAAUUUCGGUGAAAGUGAAGUCAAUGAAGAUAAUUCAUUUGUAGCAAAUUUUGAGAACUUUAAUCAGCCGCCAAUCUCAGUGAUUCCCACAGCUGAUCGUUAUGCUGUUUUUCGUGAAAUUAUUGAUCAAGAAAUGCAACAAGAACAGAGACAGGAUGAAGUUCAGCAAGAACCUCAACAUCAGGAAUCAAUUGAAUCAACAAAUAAUUCAAAUUCAUUGGAAGACGCGCCUGAAAGUUCAUUUGAGUAUGCAAGGGAGAUGGAAAGCGGCUUCAGUCCAGUGAUGGACAAUCAAAUCAAACAAAAGUUUGAUUCGAAAAUUGCAGAUGCCAUUUCAGGUGCGAAAGAUCGUUAUGCAGCUUUACGUGAUAUAAUUCUAGUCGAAGAUUUAUUUGAUAAAACGGCGAUGCCGCCAUUAGCUUCGAUCUCCGAUUCAAAUUUGAGUGACGAUCCAGAUGAUGUUGAACCUGCUUUUGAUACAGCAACAGCAGAAGUUGCUGACAAUAAUUCAGCUGACAAUGUCCCAACUUACAGCAUUUCCUGGGCUGAUGCUGAAGCAAUGCCAGCAGAAAAUUUCGAUCAACAGCAACAAGAAGUGAAUGACGAUCAACAACAGAAAAGUUUACAAAUUAUUUCGACAAGCAAUAAAGAUGAUUUAGAGAUUAAUGAGUACAUGAGAAAAGCGAUUUCUGAGUUGUCAUUGGAUCAACGAUUGUCGCCAAACAUUCAAAACAAGUCCCCAAGCAUUGUUGGUGAUAAAAUUCCUGCUUCACCUUCGCCAUCGCAACUCAAGCCAUCAACAUCACCAUUGCCAAUUCCUGCAAAACCACACAUCAACGAUGAGUCAAUCAAUCAAAAAUCUUCACCAGCACCACCAGAGAAUGAAGAAAACAUUGAAAAACUUGAAGAUAUUAGAGAGAAAACAAUUACACCGCACGACAUGAAACCAGUAGAAUCAUCAGAAUCGUGGGCAGUAUUUGAACAAGAAGAAACAAAAGCUACAAAAGAAAAGUCAACAACACCAACGAAUGUCGCAAAGUCACAAAUAGAACGUGAAUCACCUUACUCGUCAGAUGGUAAGAAUGAGUAUAAACAGCGUGAAAAAGAAUAUCACCGUCGUUGGCCAAAACCACCACACACAUCAUCGUCAUCGAGAGAUGUCAGUCCAUGGGAUGAAGAUGCACCGCCAGCACCACCACCCCAACAAUCAUCAGCCGGUGAUUAUCGUCGCAGACCGCGACCACAUCACCAUGAAUCAUCAACUCAUCAUCAUCAUCAUCAUCAUCCACAUCAUCAUGAUCGUUACACUCGACCACCAGGUCCACGACGUCGCAUUAAUUCAUGUGAUGAAGAAUUUGAUGAUGAAUACGAUCGACGACCUCCACCGCCAUCUCGUGGUCGGACGGCGAAACCUCCAAUGAUGCAUCGAAGUAAAGAAAUUCUUGAUUCUGAGAAUCCAAGCUGGCAUUAUAAUGAGAAUUGGUCGGAUGAAGAAGUCAUUGAUGAUCGUGGACGUAGUGGAUUCGAUCGAAAUGCAUAUGAACGAAGCACUUAUGGUCCACCAUAUGAUAAACGUGAUCCUAAGAGCUUCCCAUAUGACAGACGUGACUACAAAAAUUACGAAAAGCGAUCGAAAUAUUAUCGUUCAAGUCGAAAUGAUUACGAUUAUGAUCCAUAUGAGUUGCCACCACCUUCUGCUGGUAGUCGUGGAAAGUUGUCAAGGAAAGAAUUCGAUGAUUAUGAAGGAAACUUUGAGCGUGGAUCACGUGAUAGUCGAAGUGCACGUGAAUAUUUUUAUGAUCGUGAUAGAAAAAGUUUUGAUAGUAAUGAAUCUUACGAUAGUGGUCGUGGACAUAGAAUGGGUAGUGGUGGAGAAAUUGGAGGUAGCUAUGAAUAUCGAAAUGCGCCACAAAAUCGGUCACUUCGACGAGGUCAAAGAUCUCGUGGUCCGCUUGAAGACGAAGAAGAUUCAGAUGAAGAAGUUCCUGUGAGACGAACAUCUGGUGAUACUGGAAGUUUACAAAGAUCGUCAGGAAUGGUUGGUGGUCCGAGAUCAAAGCAUAUUCAACUUGAUGAUGAUGUUUGGGGUGUUGGGCCAGGUGGUGGUGGUAAACAGCAUUGGAAACGACCGUCAAGUGCUAACGCUUCAGGUGAUCGAAUGUCAGCAGCAUCGGGAUCUGGAGGAUUGUCUGGAUCUGAAGGUGAGAAAGAAAAACGUUAUCGAAGGAAAGGAAAGCCAGUUAAAGGGAAGGAAGUUGAGCUUCGUUCGAACUACGCAACAAUUCGAUAUUCACAAAAUCAACGAAAGGAAUAUUAUGAUUAUGAAGAUGACGCUGGUGAUUAUGGUGAUGAACCUCUUCCGAGGAAUAUCUCACCUCGAAUGCAAGAUGCUGAAGCUGCAGCUUAUUAUGGAAGAAGAAAACAUGGACGAACGCCAGUGACGCCUCGCUCUGAAUCAAAAGGAUUUAGUGAAUAUUCAAAACCAACUCGUUACCCCGAUGAAGAUGAUUAUGAUCGUCGUGUACCAUCACGUGGUCAAGGCUUUAAGAAGAGUACAAGUCGAGAUCUUUAUGGUGAUGAAUCAUCAAAAGAAUUUCAUGACUUCGAAGAAGAUCCUAAAAGACAAUCAAAUGUAAGACGAUCUGAGUUUAUUGCAGAUGAACAUCAACAACCACCAAAUCAACCGAACAAUAAAUUUAAUUUUGAUGGUUUUGAAAGCGAUUUCAAUUCGUCACCGAAACAAAAAGAUUCUCAACAAGCUAAAGCGAAUGAACAGCAGCAGAAAUUUUCAUUUGAAUCUGAAUUUUCACCUUCAGCAAAUGCCACGAAGAAUGGAAGCAGUCAACAAAAAUUGAGAUUCAAUGAAAAUGUUUCGGUGUCAAAAUUCGAUGCAAAUCAAUCGUCACAACAAAUGUUUGAAGAUGAUUUCUUGGAGUGGACGCCUGACACAUCUGCAGCAGGUGCUGGCAAUAACAGCAUUCAGUCAAGUCUUAAGAAGGCGCCUGGAUCUAAUCUGAAGGCAAAUUCAGUUUUUAAUCGACAUGAGAAUAUCAAAAAAUCAGAUUCGGUUAACAUUUUCGCAAGGAAAUCUGAUGAAGAUCCAUUUGAGAACGACGAUUUCUUCAAUGAUGAAAACAAGGAACAAACUAAUAACAAUAAUAAUGGUCAAAGCGAACAAGAUCCAUUUCACUGGAGUAAUAAAAAUAACUUCGCCAAUUUUGAUGACAACAAAAAUAUCUGAUCAUCAACCAAGCGAGUGAUAAGUUACAAAGAAAACAAUACAAAACGCAAACACAUAACGAGAAAACGAUCGAGUAAGAUUUACGAUUACACAACUCAUGAUUUUGAAAAAUAUUUUAAUGAGAGCACUGCGAGGGUGGUGAUGACGACACACACGACUAAAAGCACCAAAAAUAUCGUCAAACGAAGCAGCAGUAACAAUAAUAAUCCUACUUACUAUUAUUACAAUAACAAGAACUAUUUGAUGAGAAUGCUGAUGAAGUUGGUGUACUUGUAAGUAAGUUGAAUUAAUAAUUAAUUUGACUUCCUUUCUCUUUUUUAUCAUACUUUUCUAAAAAUGUGUUUGACCUUAAAGAAAAUUAUUUUAAUAAUUCAAAACUCACACACACACACAUGCAAUGUU